AAUGUGACAGUUACUCACACAAUCCCCAACAACAACAUACCUGAGAUUCUUAUGAUGUGACAGUAGAAACUCAUUUCUUGACCUGAUUUAACCCGACAGUCUAUGGUCUGACACCUGAGCAAGUAAACAGGAUUGGCUGAGCCCACAAAAGGCCACGCCCCCUCAUCCUUUGUAUACAGAAGAUCAAAAUGUUUUUUUCUCAUCUCUGGGAGAAGAAGAAGAGGCAGCAAAGUUGGCGACACUUGGCGCCGGCCGGGUUUCCUCUCCGCAGGAGAAGAUGAUCUCCUGGAUCCUGCUGCUCGUCCUGCUGAGUCCGUGUGUCCGUGCAGGUGUGUUUGUGGUGAACGUGUCUCAGGUAUACUAUCAGGCAGAGGAGAAGGACAACGUCACACUGGAGUGGACGUUCACAACCAAACCCAACAGCGCUCCCCGGGUCCUGUACGUCGUCUGUUCCCUGAGAAGUGAACACAAAGUACUUUAUCACCUGCACGAGGGCGUUGAGGUCUCAGACACUCAGGACGAGCAGUUCUCAGGACGAGUCCGGUGUGAACGAGGCGUCCUCCGCGAAGGACGGAUCAGACUCCGCAUGUCCACACUCAGGACCAACGACUCGGGCAUGUACCUUUGUCGUGUGUGGACGGAUUACGGCCGCGGGUCUGAAGGAUGUCGACUCAACGUCACAGCUGUGGACGAGUCUGAGCCUCAGAGACCCACAGAGACACCUCCACCCAGGAGUCGCAGGAACAUCGGCCUCUACAUUGCUCUGGGUUUCGUGGUAACAGGAGCUGCAGCAGUAACAUCAGAUCUCCUGGUUCUUUGUUCUGUUCUACGAUCCAACUUCAGUCCUGGUUUUAUCAAAUCUGCCAAAAAAGAUGAAGACAUCAACGUGAACCAGUGAAAACAUCUGAUCCAUGAUGCUGUUUUUCCCCUAAUGUCUCAUACAUGACUUUCUAUGGAGAAGAUCAAUGACUUUCUAUACAGAAGAUCAAUGACUGUAUGUACAAAAGAUCAAUGACUUUAUAUAGAAGAUCAAUGACUGUAUAUACAAAAGAUCAAUGACUAAAUAUCGAAGAUCAAUGUCUUCAUAUACAAGAUCAAUGACUGUAUAUACAAAAGAUCAAUUACUUGAUAUAGAAGAUCAAUUACUUUAUAUACAGAAGAUCAAUGACUGUAUAUAGAAGGUCAAUGUAUUUACAGUAUAUAGAAGAUCAAUGACUGUAUAUACAAAAGAUCAACUUCUUGAUAUAGAUCAAUGACUUUAUAUACAGAAGAUCACUGGCUUUAUAUACAGAAGAUCAAUGGCUUUAUGUACAGAAGAUCAAUGGCUUUAUAUACAGAAGAUCAAUGACUUUAUAUACAAAAGAUCAAUGGCUUCAUAUACAGAAGAUCAAUGGCUUUAUAUACAGAAGAUCAAUGGCUUUAUAUACAAAAGAUCAACUUCUUGAUAUAGAUCAAUGACUGUAUAUACAGAAGAUCAAUGUCUUUACAGUAUAUAGAAGAUCAAUGACUGUAUAUAAAAAGAUCAAUGACUUUAUAUACAAAGAUCAAUGGCUUCAUAUACAGAAGAUCAAUGGCUUUAUAUACAGAAGAUCAAUGACUUUUAUAUACAGAAGAUCAAUGGCUUUAUA